AUGUUGAUAUUUCAAGAAAUUUUGUUGGUCUGCUUUGCAUUGUGUACUUUGUCGCAAAUAAAUUACGUUAAAAGUACACAUAUUUCCGGCACUUUUAAUACAAAGGAAUUUUUUCGUUUCCUAAUAAAAUUCGGUUUCCAAAAAACUGAUCGUCAUCGACAGAGAGAUUCAUAUGGAUAUAUUUUCGGCAAUGUGACAUCGAAAAGCCACUUUCCUGUUCCAAUCACAUUAGCAGUUUUGGAUCGUGGUCAUUUUUUAGAAUACUAUGGUAAUCGUACAUUAAAAGACAAAAACACUGCUUGCACUCUUAUGUUUAACACUCUAAAUCAAAGUUCUUAUGAUGUACACUGUAACGAAGAAGGACAAGAUUUUUUAAGGAGAAUACCUUGUCCAAAGGGUAAAUUAUGUCCAGAUGAAGAUUCCAUAUGGAACAUUGUGAAGGGAUAUCAAUUUACAUACGUCAUACAAGAUUUUUGGCAGCCACGUUUUUGGUAUAUGAGCCUAGUGGCAUGUUAUAGGAAUACGACUACUUGUCAAUGGGAAUACUAUGAUAAACAUGAUGAAUUAGAAUAUGAUAUUUGGCUAGUAAACGGAAAUCCAAAUACUAGUGGCCUAAAUAGCUUGACAUAUCAGUUUUCGUAUGACAGACAAAAUACUAUAGAACUGUACUUGUUGUUUUUUAUGUGUUACAUUAUACUUGUGCCAUUGCAAUUAUAUGCUGUAAGAUUACAAAAACAUCCUGUAACUAGAUUAUUCACAGCUAGUUUAUUAUUGGAGUUUAUAGCAGUAUGUUUAAUAUUAAUACACGUGUUGAAAUUUGCUCUUGAUGGAGUAGGAUAUGAACAGUUAGAAGUUGCUGGAGAUAUUUUUGAUAUUUUAUCAAGAACGUCAUUCAUGUUACUUCUUCUCUUACUUGCUAAAGGAUGGGCAGUAACUAGAAUGGAAUUGACAUGGAAGCCAUUGGUUUUUACUAUAUGGCUUUGUUAUGGAGUGGUUCAUAUUCUACUAUAUGUGUGGAACAUGACUGAAGUUGACAUUAUUGAAGAUAUUGAUGAAUACCAAACAUGGCCAGGCUGGUUUAUACUUCUAUUUCGUAGUGUAAUAAUGAUUUGGUUUUUAUGCGAACUUAGAAAUACUAUGACGUAUGAACAUAAUACUCAGAAAUUAAAUUUUCUACUUCAUUUUGGCGCAUCAUCGUUGGUUUGGUUCAUUUAUUUACCUAUUAUAGCACUUAUUGCUCUUCAAGUAAGUAUUACAUAUUCUGCUGAUUGUUUUGCAUAUUGUGUAAUGGCACAUUUACUUUGGCCAACAAGAAGCGAACAAUAUUUUUUACUUGCACAAGGAGCUGAUAAUGGGGAUGAACUUGAUGAAUUUAAUGAAGCGCCACAUGUAUUGAAUAAUUAUGUAGAACCUCCAGAACUUACUAAAAUAAUUGCUUAA